GUUUCUAAAUAAAUGUAAACAAACAAGGUUACGUGUUGUAUUGCAAUUCACUAGUGCAAUUUACCUACUUAGAAUCGUAUUAUGUAAUGUAUUUUAGUUAUUAAUCAAGCUUUAAUAAAUAUGAUCGUUUGCUAAAAAGCAUAAUAGAUAUAAAUAACGUUAUUCAGAUACAUUUUACUGUCUCUUCCUUCAAUAGUUUAGGUUAGGUAUCGUACAACAUUUUGGUCUGUUUAUGCUAAUUUGUUUUAAAUGGAUAACUAUAGUGACAUCGACAGAAAACGUCCUGAGCCGCCAAUAAAGAGGUACAGACGAAAUGAUGAAUCCGGUAGUUCUGCUUCAGACGAUGACUCUUACGUUCCAUAUGUGCCAGUCAAAGAGAGGAAGAAACAACAGAUGAUGAAAUUAGGAAGACUUACUCAGCUAAAAGAAGAGUUUGGCCAGAAGGGAAAGUCUUCGAGCGAGAAUGAACACGAUGAUGAGGAGGAAGACGGCCAGGUGUGGGGACGAAAGAGUAACAUCAGUCUUCUGGACCAGCACACAGAGCUCAAAAAAAUGGCAGAAGCGAAGAAGGAGAGUGCAAUGGAAAGACAACUGAAGGAGGAAGAGAAGAUUUUGGAGAGUGUAGCAGAGAAGAAGGCCCUCAUGGGAGUAGCAGAACUGGCAAAGGGUAUCCAAUACGAGGAUCCUAUCAAAACCAGCUGGCGGCCACCUCGGUGUGUGUUGAACUUGCCGGCGCACCGUCACGACAGGGUGCGGCACAAACUGCGUAUCUUGGUGGAAGGGGAGGACGUGCCCCCACCACUCCGCACUUUCAAGGAGAUGAAAUUUCCACGAGGGAUUCUGGCAGGGCUGGAGGCAAAAGGGAUCACCAAACCGACACCUAUCCAGGUGCAAGGUAUCCCUACAGUGUUGUCUGGAAGGGACAUGAUCGGAAUCGCGUUCACAGGCAGUGGAAAGACGCUGGUGUUUGUAUUGCCUCUCCUCAUGUUCUGUGUGGAACAAGAAGUCAGACUACCAUUCAUUCCUAAUGAGGGUCCCUACGGCUUGAUAAUCUGCCCCUCAAGAGAACUGGCCAAACAGACGUACGACAUUGUGAACCACUACAGUGACAGUCUCAGACAACAAGGGUUGCCCCAACUGAGGGUGUGUCUGGCCAUCGGUGGUGUGGCUGUCUCUGAAUCUCUGGAGGUGAUCAACAGAGGCGUCCAUGUGAUGGUAGCGACUCCAGGCAGACUCAUGGACAUGCUGGAUAAGAAGAUGGUACGCCUGGACGUCUGCAGGUAUCUGUGCAUGGAUGAAGCAGACAGGAUGAUCGACAUGGGAUUCGAAGAAGAUGUGCGGACAAUUUUCUCCUUCUUCAAAGGACAAAGGCAGACAUUGCUUUUCUCCGCCACGAUGCCCAAAAAGAUUCAGAACUUUGCGCGGUCAGCUUUGGUGAAGCCGGUGACAAUCAACGUAGGCAGAGCAGGUGCUGCUUCCAUGAAUGUUAUACAGGAAGUAGAGUAUGUGAAGCAGGAGGCGAAGAUAGUCUACCUCUUGGAGUGUCUGCAGAAGACCUCUCCGCCGGUGCUCAUUUUUGCAGAGAAGAAGCAGGAUGUGGAUGCCAUCCACGAGUACCUGCUGUUGAAGGGUGUGGAGGCUGUGGCCAUUCAUGGAGGAAAAGACCAAGAAGAGAGAUCCCGUUCUGUGGAAGCGUUCAGGCAAGGUCGCAAGGAUGUGUUGGUGGCCACAGACGUUGCUUCAAAGGGUCUGGACUUUGCCAACGUGCAGCAUGUCAUCAACUACGACAUGCCAGACGACGUUGAGAACUACGUCCAUCGUAUUGGGCGUACUGGCAGGUCCGGACGCACUGGUAUCGCCACAACCUUCAUCAACAAGGCCAACGAUGAGUCGGUGCUGCUCGACCUCAAACAUCUGCUCAUCGAAGCCAAACAGAAGGUUCCUCCGUUCCUUGCAGAGCUGCAAUCUGAGAAUGAGAAAUACCUCGACUUGGGUGAUGAGCGAGGGUGCAGCUACUGUGGAGGUUUGGGACACAGGAUUACUGACUGUCCCAAGUUGGAGGCUAUCCAGAACAAACAAGCCUCCAACAUCGGAAGGCGAGACUACUUGGCUAGCAAUGCUGCUGACUACUAGUAUCUCGCUCUCUUCUUGUACAUAUUAUUUUGUAAAUAAACCUUUAUUUAUAUGUCCA